AACUUCCAUACAUAAAUUUUGUACUCUUGCCUUUUCUUACGAUUGAUAGCUGCAAGAGGCCUUUGGAAAGGAAGCCUUAAUUGAAAUCUUUUCUGAAUUCCAAAAUAUGUCUGAGCUCCCAAUGAUAAUUACUCAAAAUUGAAUCUGUAGGCAGAAACCUCUUCUCAUGUGACAAAGAAGAAUUUGACUCCUUUCUUUAAGGCCUGGGCAUGGCCAGUCAAGGAGAUCCUUUCCCAGCAGCUAGCUGUUUCUUUCCCUGGUUGGUUAGAUGAUCCAGUGAAGCAAUAUAUCUCCUAAGCAGGUUUUUUCUCAUGGAAAUGAAAAUGUGAUUGUGAUAAAGCCAGUGCUCUGCAAUAGUUUUAAAUGGUGUCUGAAUGGUAUGGUAUUAUAAUGGAUCUGAGAAGCAGCUCUACAUUGUAGAUGUGAUAGAAGAGUUCAUUCUUGGCUCCCUCCCAAGUCUGCCUUUAGUGUGUUAGGGUCCCUAAUGACCAGAGACCCCACUUCACAGGAGCUCAUCUCCUCCUUGCUGUGAGGAGUCACCAGUCACUCUCUGCAGAUGUCCAGUGGUAACUCUUUCCCUGCCAAGGUUGGAUGGAGAAUUCUUUCCUGCUAGGCAGGUAGAGGAGUACUACCCCUUUUUUCCACAGCCUAGGUGAAGUUUCCUCUUGAAAAGUUUUCCUUUUGGAAAUUAAAAUUAGUUCCAAUGUAUUGUUAUCUCCAGGCACAAUAAGACUGCUGGGCAAAGCUGAAAUCUAGUUUCAGAACCAUGCAAGAAAUGGUGUAAUAUCUGCCCCUCUUUCCUGCUAGGGGACUGAAGAUGGAAGACAGCCACUCCCUCCAAAAUCAAGGGGCAGAAAAGCUAGACACAGUAAUUGGCACAGUAGCUUUGCACUGAGCAACUCUGCUCAGUGGUGUCUGAAGACAUUUUAUUAUAUUACUGAGAAAAAAUGGAUUAUAUUUUUGAACAAGUGGAUGAGUGGCAGGAAAAUUCCAGUUCUGUAAUAUGUCAGCCAGAUACCUUUCUGUUUCUUUCUGUUUUUCUUUUCAGGCCUUCCUGGUGGGAAGAGGUGGGCAGAGGUGAUACUGCUGCACAGCUGGCUCUCACCACUAGCUCUUGUAUUAAUGAAAAAAGUGCCUGUGGCCCAGAAAUCACUGGUUUGCACAAAUGGUUACUGGAGCUCCAAAAGUCAAGAAUGGGGCUGUUCCUUUAUUAGCCAUUCCUUUUCCAGGAAGCAAACCAACAGAGGCAAGGUUAAGACUGCAGAUGGUAAAACUAGCUGGAUGUGCACAAGCAGUGUAUGACAGGGCUGAUGCAGAGUUCUGCUGUCCAAGCUCUCUCUUUCUGUGAGAAUGCUGCUGCAUGAAGUUCAGGGCUUUCAGUGCUUGCUUUACAAUGACCAUCUCCUGAGAAAUGGCACAAAAUGUGAAGUGAUUAUGUGUGUCACUACACUAGAGGGUGCUUGUUCUUUUUGUUCUCUAAGCCUCUGUCACCACAUAGCAUCAGAAGUCAUUGAACUUCCAUACUAAGGGACAACCAGCUCUGUGUAGUUGUCUCUGAAAUAUGAGAGCUGUGUACUGGCAACACCCUGUGUUCCUGGGACUCUGCAGAGAGAAAAGCAACUGUUGAUCAAAGACGAUGACUCCUGGAGGGAGCCCCAGUCAAGGGACUGCAGCCCCAGCAGAGAAGAGGUGUCCACUGCUUAGCUCUUGGGUUCUGCUCGCUUUUGCCGUUGUCCUCAAAGCAAGCCUCAUAUCCAUCUGCCUUGUCGCAUCCUUCUCCCAUAGCAGCGACCAGCCCACAGCCCUGCAGCAGAAAUUCAUGGAGUGGUGGUGCGUCUCUGCAGUGCCACAAGGGAAAGGGCAAGGCUGGACGUGCUGCCCGAAGGGCUGGAAACAAUUUCAAGAAAUGUGUUACUACCUUGCGGAUGAUGAGAUGUCUUGUGCUGAGAGUGUGCAGAACUGCACUGGGAUGGGCUCCCACCUGGUGGUGAUCAACAGCGAAGCAGAGCAGGUUUUCCUCACUAACGAGCUACGACAAUAUCCACUAGCACGGAAUUACUACAUCGGUCUGAAUGCACAGGUGGUGGGCCAGUGGCAGUGGGUGGACCAGACUCCAUAUAAUGAGGCGGCAGCGUUCUGGCGGAGUGGGGAACCAAGUAAUGUGGCUGCUGAGAAGUGCGCUGCAAUCCAUACGAGUUCAGUAACGCGUAAUUGGAACGAUGUCCGAUGUGAGGAGCAUUAUCGCAUUUGUGAAGCUGCAGCAGUAACUGUGUGACGGAGCAACCUUCAUCCUGAGUAAAACUGGGGGAUGAGCUGGGAACAGCUCAGGACUGUGUUGGGAGGGAUGGUGGGCCCUGGAUCCUGGACCUUUACUCUGCUUGGUGGGACAAUGUGAGUGGAAGUGGUAUUACCCUGUGUAGAGCACUCCCAGUGCACGUAUCAGCUCAUGGAACACAUGAAGGCUCAGCAUCAUCAAAGCAGGUCUUGGGCUCUUGCGUCCUCUUCCCUCUGAGUGGGUCUGGCAGCCGGUGGCUGAAAAGAGGUUGAGUUCUCCAGAAAGAAGACACAGGAAUGGAAGACAGAUGUUCAGAGCUGCUAUUUCCUUUCUCUGCUUGAGCAGAGGCUUCUGCUUUUUCUUGGGGCACUCAGAGAAUAUCUUAUUCUUGCAUUGGUUUUGCUGAACAAAUACUGAUUGCCUGUAUAAGAAAAAAUACGGUAUUAGACCAAUGAAAAAG